GGCUCGAGCCGCGCGGGGGGCGCAGAAGAGGCGCCGCGCGGGGAGGGGCGCGGCCACAUGCUGGCCGCGGCCAGCGCGGGCCAGGGCCUGUCGCCGCGGGGCGGGCGCCUGUUGGGGGCGGCCGAUGCUGACGCAGUCAAGCAGAUCGACCUGGACAUGCCCCGCACCGCUGGCGGCGACCCAUUGUUGUCUGCGCGGCUCAGCUGGGUGCGGGCCAUGCUGAUGCGGCAGCUCGCAGAGGACCCAGAUCUGGGUUACUGCCAGGGGAUGAACCUCGUCGCGGCGAUUUUCGGCGCCGCCGCGGGCUCGUACGUAGAGGAACGUGGCCGGCCGCGGCCCCGCGCGCCCUGCGAGGGUCGGCGGAUUACAUGAUCUUCCUCUCCAGACAUAUUUUCCGGCAGCGGAACAGUUGUCCCCCGCUCCUCUUC